GUGACAGGAGCUCAGUUCUUCCCUGGCCGCUCCGAGAUUCACUCUCACUCUCGUUCCUCCGUGCCCCCUCGCUGUUUCUGUGUGCCGGUCGGAGAAAGCAAGACUGAGGGUGCGGCAUAGUUGCCACACUUACAAGGAGGAAAGCUUGGUGGGAAGAGCCUCCAAGUAACCAGCGACGUCCAGGCCGGCGUCACCUUGCCCGAAGCACGUCGCCAAAGUAUAACAUAUGCAGACAAGUGCCUUUGGUUUUGGGGUUCUGCGGAGGUGAAGGUUACGAGAUUGUUCGUCGAGAGGCGGCGAAGAAGGCGCGCCGAGGAGACCGGCCAGUGUGACUCGGCGCGCGCGGACGAGCAACACGCGCCCUCGACGCUGGCUGAGGCGACUUGAGAUACACACGCAGCAUGAAGGUGACCUGGUUGAUCUUGGCAACUGCCGCGUGCUCGCUGGCCCGGGCGGCGCCGCAGGGAAAGUUCGACCCCAGGAGGGCCGUGGAGCAGCACCUGCCGACGGGCAACGUGGUGACGUCGAUCUCCAAGGCAACGGUGCAGGGGCAUGUUGUGGACGAAGGCCAGAUAUCGGUGGACGAUCUGUUCCGCCAGCUGUCGGACUCAACCCCGGCGACGCCGCCCGGCGCCCCGCCCGCAGCGUCGGUGUUCCCGACCAGCAGUAGCGUCGCGACCCAAGCCUCGACGAACGCGCUUCCCGCGUCGCCGACGUCUAUUCCCACGCAGCAGACUCCGGUGAACAGACAAGGGCUCCUGAGCCUCCCAGGCCGCCCGGCCACGGGGAAUGUCAACAUCUUCAUCGACGACAGGCUCCGCGAGACCUUUGAAAACGACGACAUAUUCCUUGAAAAUGCUUUCCAACCACAGGGUUCUGCCGGCGUGGCUUUGCCUGCGCUGAACAAUGCCCCAGGAGGCAGCAACAGUCAGAACUUCGGAUCUCUCCAACCUACUGGACAAAGUGUUUUCAUCUCCAGUGGGGGGAACUCUGCGCCAAAUUUAAACGCAAUUCCUCUCGGUUCUUUGAGCCCAACUGGAGGACCUCGGACAUUCUCGGGAAACCAGAAUGCGCCUCCUGUCGGGACAACAGGUAGCAUCGGCGUCCCUCUCCCAGUCUUCAACAGUGGCGCCAACCUCAACUCCGGGGGAUCUUCGGGAGGCAGGCCCAAAAACUUCGUAACGCCAGUCCCAUUCUCACCCAAGCCAGUUACCCUCACACAAUCAGCAGUCAACAUCAGCCCUCUUCCUGCACAGCCUAAAUUCACGCAGACUCCGAGCAUCACUUCUCAUCAGACAACGCAAGCCACCUCUAAGCCGACAGUCAUCAGUAAAUCAGCAUUAACGACCAAGCCUCUGCCAGUAUUAUCAACAGCCAACACUCCAUCAGAUUCUCCAUUCUUGGACAGCUUUACAAGUGCGCCUACUUCUGCCACUGCUAAGCCUCCUGCUCACACAUCCUUUGGGUCCCGGGAUCUCUCGGCAUCGCUGCUGACUUCUCUGCUUAGCAGCUUGAGCAACAAGAUCACUAACCCCAACCAGACCUUCGGCAACUUCCUCAAGUCCAUCAGCGGCCAGAACGGGGUCCUCGUGCUGCCCUCCUCGAGCCUCGGGAAGUCGGCAGACAGUUCGUUCGACAGCAGCCCGUCCUCCUCGCAGUCCUCCUUCUCAAUUGACUUCGGGUUUGACACAUCCUCGGACGACGCGCCGAACGCCUCCCAACUUGAUCUCGACUCUGACGAGUCCGACCCCGCCCGGGUCAGUAUCGCAAGCAGCGAUGAUAACGCCCUGAGCUUGGGCGGGAGCGAUACCAAGACGCAGAGCAGCGCCGGCACCACCAGCGUGGCCGUGGAGACCACCACGGAACCCAUCGCGAAAGUCAAGACGCCGGUGUCUCUGUUCCGCGGGCCGCUCUCCGACAUCCUGUUCACGAAGGGCCAGUGGCUCGGGACGCUCGUCGGGGGGCUGGUCGACAUCAGCAGAACCGUCGUCGGUAAGAUCAGGGAAGGGGCCAGGAAGACAAUUCGCAAGCCAUAAUGGCGCAUGUUCAAGGUUCAAGGGCCUUCUGAGAAAGGACGCUGCCCUCCUUGCGAAACAAGUUUCAUGUUCAUUUUUGUGCUCACAUAACAUGAUAUAACAGUAUUUUCGUUAUUGUUAACUUUUGAUAUAGUUGCACUUUGUUAAUGCAUUUAGAUAUUGUUGUAGACUCUCCCAACUUGUGUAGAUGACUGGGUAAAUAAAAUCCAUGGUUAUUUCGAA